CAACAAAACAUACCUGUUUAUUCAAAAAACACUCAGCUCACUAAGCUUUUUCCAAAUUUUUAUAAUGCGUGUGUAUGUGUUUUUCUAGCCUCCUUGUUUCUGUUUUUUCUUAUCUUUUCUUCCUUUGAAUACAACACUGAAAUUAUAUGCCAGGGUGAUAUAGGAGUUCGGCCACGACACCCAACGCCCCUCAGGCACCCGAGGUCAGAAAGGACCACUGCUGGGUCAACGUUGUCCACCCCAGGAGAGUCCGAGGCAUACCCACAAGUCGUAGGAGAACCCCCACCCCCCGGCGCCACAUCGGGUCCACAACAAGAAGAGACCACACUCCAAAUACACUUGUGUACAUUGAAUGUAAUGGACUAAAAGAGCUAACCUGUGUCAGUGUAUUUGUGUGCCUAAUAGAAACCCACGACAAGUUAUACUCAUAUAAGGUCAUAGUCAUAUAAACCACAACAGACUUAGAUCAAAUCAUUCUUAAGCCAGUGAAAAGAGAAGGCUUUGGUGACCAACAGCACCACUGCUCAAAUGAAGGAGCCUAGACUAUACUUUCUCCUUGUUGUCAAACUCUCCAGGUGGCGCUAACGUUACGUCAUUUUGCUGAAUGCCAAAAACACCAACGAAGAAAAAUGUUGCCAUACCAUCAUGGUGGAGACUGGGAUGAAAGGUGUUGGUGGAUCAGUUUGUCCUUCUCCAGUCGGUAAUAAGUCACCAAAUUCAGGUGCGGAAAAAUCCCCGGAGGAGCCUAAAGUUCAAUUUAAGCAGGACCUCAAAAGCGUUCUGGUAACCAGCGUUUUAAACUUAGAGGAACUCGACGUAGACCUGUACAGGGGUACACACCACUGGGUGCCUCGCACUCAGCGACUGUUUGGAGGUCAAAUAGUUGGUCAGGCUCUUGUGGCUGCUGCCAAAUCUGUCAAUGAUAAUCUCUAUGCCCACUCUCUCCACUGCUACUUUGUACGAGCAGGGGAUCCCAAAGUUCCAGUCUUGUAUCAGGUAGAGCGCACAAGAAAUGGUCGCAGUUUCACAGUGCGCUCAGUCAAGGCCAUCCAGCAUGGACAGCCCAUACUGAUUUGCCAGGCAUCUUUCCAAAUGAUUCAGCCAAGUCCUCUUGAGCAUCAGUUCACCAUGCCUGUUGUCCCCCAACCUGAAGACCUCUCUACUGUGGAGGAGCUUAUUCGUAUUCAUCUCAGCAAACCAGACCUGGCAGAGAAAUUGAGACAAGGCCUUAACAAACUGCUGGCAAAUGAGGUCCCUAUAGAGAUAAAACCAGUUCAACCAAAGCUCUUCUCCAAUUUUUUUAAAGCAGUGCCAAAAAAGCUGUUUUGGGUACGAGCACGUGGAUAUAUUGGUGAAGGCAACAUGAAACUGCAUUGCUGCGUUGCAGCAUAUGUAUCAGACUAUGCAUUCUUGGACACAGCACUGCUGCCAUCUCCUAAAUAUAGGGCCCAGUUCUCAGCCUCUUUGGAUCAUGCCAUGUGGUUCCACACCACUUUCCGCAGCGAUGAGUGGAUGCUUUAUGAGUGUGAGAGUCCAUGGGCAGGGGGCUGUAGAGGACUUGUUCAGGGCCGCUUGUGGAGAAGAGAUGGGGUGCUGGCUGUCUCAUGUUCCCAGGAGGGGGUCUUGAGAGUAAAAUUAAGCAAACUAUAAGCACACUUAAUUUACUAGUUAUUAUAAUUGUAUAAUUAUAGUAAUAAUUUGUAAACAGAUAUGAAUGUAAUAAUUUUUGGUUAUAUCCAUUUUUUGAAAAAUGUAAAUGUUAAUUUUAUUUCCAGUGAAUAAACAAUUGGUAAUUUUAACUAAACGAUUUG